UAGAUCAAGAAGUAGAAGUAAUACAUGUAUUAGCAGAAUAUAAAAAUGCUUUUAUGGAUGAAGCGGGUCAAUUGGAAAGAACAUUGAUAAGCCAACAUGAAAUAAUUAUAAAUGACUAUCUUCCAAUUAAGCAAAGAUUUUAUCCCACACAAAAAAAUGAAGAAAUGAGUUCCUUACGAGUGGUACAAAGGAAAGAAGUGAAAAUUAUUUUGGAUGCUGUUCAUGAAAGUGUGAUAG